UUUUACCCUUAGGCAUAGUGGACCUUUUUACAAGCAAACAUUUAAUUGCUCCUAGUUGAAAUAUUUGUUCAAUGUCACUCAACUCAACUGUCUCCACGAUUAGUUUAUCUUGCUUCAACGAACAAUGUUGAGAUAUUAGCCUAACACUAUUGGCAUUAUACAGUUUUGUAUAAAAAAUUAUAAAUAUAAAUUUUAUGUUAAAAAAAAGGUUCAUGUAUUCAAAGUAAACUGCUUUUAUUUUACUGAAAUGUGUUUUUUCAGCAUUCAGUGUCUAAUGUAUAAGCUUAAUGGUAUUCCUAAACCAGUUUAUUACAAUGAGUACAUAGAACAAACACAACCACUGCAUUGCUAUGGUUGGAGUGACAGACUUACUCAACACAAUUAAUAAGGAAGUAAAUGAUCACUCACAGUAAAAAAAAACUGGAACCCAAUGUUACUGCCAAAACAAUCUUUCAACUAUCACAGUUCAGCAUGUAAAGGUUUGCCCCUGGUCAGGACAGCAACUUAUUCUGACGUCGACACUGACUUUAAUAGCUUUUAUCAGGCUUAGACGUAAAUUCAAGGUGUAAAUCAUACAAAGUUAAAGAACUGGGGUAAGUCAAUACAAUUGUCAUAAGAUAGAAAAGAAAUGCCUAUUUAAUGCUGCCACUACAGUAUGAAUUGAAUUUAAAUGUAGGCCUAUAUAAUGAGUUCAUCUCCUUCAAAGAUCCCUGUCUGUAGGUCAGUUUAGUCACACAGAAAUAACUUUAUGCCAUAAAAUAAAGAGCUGAACUACAGACUUUAACAAUAUUUCCGAUGGGCAAAUUAAUGAUGACUCAAGCAAACAGCCAAAUACUUUUAAGAGCCACAAUGAUUUAACAUUUUCCAGACUGCACACAGGUAACACAAUGCUUUACAAAGAUAAGCAAGAAUAGAAAUGUUCUACCACAAUGAACUUAACUGACCCACUGACUUCGAUAGAGGUUAAUGAUUAAACAUUAUUACACCAACUGAAACCAACGGGCUCUAUUUUAAUAACAGUUCAAAGAGGCUUGAAAGUUAUUGGUACAAGGCUGUAACCAAAUGCUCACUGGUCCGAUUCCUGCAACAGUUUACUGAACCUAUAUCAUUGUGAGAGUUCAAAACUUGAACAGAAAGCCAUGAAAAAGUUGGCACACUGAUGUUCCAGUGAAAUGACAAUGCCAUUUACACUGUUCAUUGUCUGUGAUCUGUAACCUUAAAAAUAUUUGAUUUUAUCUGAUGGGCUUAACUUGAAAAACAAUUCACCUGACAACACAAUGGAUCGCCAUGAAUGCUGCCAAGCUGGCAUAUCUUCGAGGUUAGUGGUUUGAAAUGGGUUCACGUUUAUUUUGUUAUGUCAAUGCCGUUGAAUGAUUCACCAAGCAAAUCGAAAGUGCACGCGAACUGUCCCCCAAUCCCAUCACAGCGGCGGGUGUAGUGCUGCGACACGCCCAACCUCUCCUGUCGAUCACCGGGAAAGACGUAUGAAACAAAAGGUUGGAGCGUCCCAACAGUUGGCUGGUUGUGGUGGAGGGACAAGCCAUGGUCACUGGUGUCUCCGAGGACAUAUUACGGUCGUUCCUGUGCUACUGGGCGGAUUUAAGGGUAACGGGCUUUCGCCCCUUGUGUUUCGGAUGAGGGGGCUCUAGUCUCUGGAGACUCUAGAGACGCGCACCGGAGAGAGACCACCUGUGCCAGGCGCACCGGUGCUCUCCAAGAAAUGGCUCUUAAGCUCUUUCGGGUGCCGCCACGUGUUUCCCUGCCGCUGUCAGUGCUGCGCUUCUGGCUGUUCAUGUCUGCAGGAGCGCUGGAGAUGGUGGACAAAGACGCACCUGAACUCAACUGUAGCGAGGGUUUGACUGACUGCCACAUGAGCUCAGCCUCUCUCUACCCCGUUGAUCCAGAUGAUACAGUCAAUGUUGUACUUUUGCAUCUUAAAGCGAUUCUGUGCUGUUCUGCCACUCGAGACUGUAUACCUUGCCUGCAAAUCAUCAUCACAGUCCAAGAAGUCGAAAAUGCAAAGCAGACUUCCGAGGAGUCAGGUGAGGAUACAGAUGAAGAGAAUGGCAUAAAUCAAAGCACAGAAGGAAGUGGUCAGUUUGUGAUAACUAAGCCAAGAGCUGUGGUGAAAGUAUGUCUCAGCUCCCCAGGCAACUUUGAAAUUUGCAAGGCACUCCGGUUCAAACCUAGCUCCUCCGGUUUAGACCAAGCUUCUCAACAGCCCACACAUAAGCUGGUGUUGACAGAGAAAGUGACGUUCGGUAAUCCUGUUGUGGUUCGUGUUGAUGCACAUUCAAAUGGAGUGCACAAGAAUAUCACAGUCCCAUCUCUAGAAGAAGUUUGCUCCACGGACCUAGAGUCGGCUGUGAAGGAAUGUGAUGCCCCAAGACUUCGAACUGUUCCUGAUCACGAGAGAAAUGUAGUCCUCCUCCAACUGGAAAACACUGAUACCAGACGCAAUGAAAUCAUGUGCCAGAUGGUUUGGAAUGAAAGGCCUGGAGAGGUUCUUGCAUGGCCCAAAGGCAAGAAAGAAAUGGUCAUUUCGUCAAACUUUGUUGCACCCUGCCUGUGCUUCAAGGUGUGGUGGAAGGGAAUGGAACUCCGAAAGGAAUCCUGCCCUUUUAAAAACCAGACAGAUGCACUGGAAAGAAUGCAGCACAACGUGUCUGUGUCUUUGGCAGAGACACAGAUGAGAGAUGGUGGCACAGUGCUGAGCUGGAAUGUGACCGCCCCCUGCAGACUGGAGGCAGACGUGUGGCUGUGCAAGAAAGACCUGACAGGGGGCCAGUGCGAGGAGGUGACGGGUUCCAGACAGAGACUGCACAACGAUGCACAUGCUGGCUGGAGUGCAACACGCAGUGGACAUUGGAAAACAGGAGAGUUCAUUGUGUCAUCACAUCCUCUGCUUUGUGUUCAGAUAAAGAUACAUGGGAUGGAGUCAUACUUAGAGCCUCACUGUCCAUUUGCAACCUCUCGUUGGAGAUGGAGCCUGCCACUCAUCAUCGGAUUACUGCUUAUGUUUUUGGCCAUAGUAGGAGCCUAUUUUAUACAAGGGGUCCUAAAAGGCUAUGUGUGGAGAUGGUUGAAAGAAGAUGAUGUUAAAGGUGCUGUGGGUGGUGGUCAUGUGGUGUUGCUGUACCCACCUGAUGACGACCAGGCUUUGCCAGAGCUGAUGAGUCACCUGGGCUCAUCCCUCCAAGCCCUGGGAUUUAGCGUGUCUCUUGACCUGUGGAGCCAGGCUGAGCUCAGUGUGCUGGGACCUGUGCCUUGGCUCCACUCAAGGCUUAACCGAUUGCAAAGGCAGGGGGGCAAAGUGGUGCUAGUCCUGACCCAGGCUGCCUGGAUUAGGGCUGAAGAAUGGGGAGCUCGGAGCUGGGAGAGAAACACUCCCACGGAAAGGAACAGGGACGUGGAGGAAGAGGGGGCCGGAAGAAGCAAUACUGCCUCUUCUCCCUGUGGGGAUGUUUUUACUGCUUCAUUGAGCUGCAUUCUAGCUGACUAUUUACAGGGCCGUGCUGGUGAGCGGUUUAUGUUGGUGCAGUUUGAAUCACUUCCACCUGAGCCUCCGGGUGGUUUCUGGCCGCUGCCAGAGCUUUUCCGUGGCCUUCAUGUGUACAGCCUCCCCUCCCAGAGCCUGGGUUUUCUGACUGAAUUAGCUGGGGCUCGGCAAAUGGCUACAGCAUCAGCCAGACGGAAAAGAGCAGGGGGGCUAAGGAUUGCAUCCCGGACUCUGGCUCGAGGGCUGUCAGGGUUCACAGCAGGGACUACUGUAUUACGCCUUACAGGAGUGUCCCAGAGUUGUGUUGGGGUUGAAGUUGAAGACUCUGGGGAAACUGUGCCCUUGAAGCCAUGUCUUGUUACACCUCCCUCCAGCCCUGACACAAGCCCCAAGGUCAGUGAAGUAGGAUGGGUCUGACAGCAGGAGAGGAUGACACAUGACCAAGGUUCGGCAGACUAAAACUGGUCUGAACAUCCGGGGUCUAGUGGCUGUUGAAAAGUGUUUUAUGUUUCUGGCAGGGGAAACCUUUUCAAAUAAAAGCUGAGUUAUUAUAGCUUGAGCUCUUGCUGCUUCAGAUAAAUAAUCGCACAACAUUAAAACCUCAAUACUUCUAAAAGUAAAUUUAAGAAAAAAGACCUCAGUAAAUACACAGUUUGGUCACAAAGUGGUCAGUGCUACCUAAAUGCAAGACAAGAAUCUCAAUGAAGCAAAUUGCGGCAUUGUUUUGACACUACAUAGUUUAUUCAAGCCGUUUUUCAGUCUUAAACCACGCCAUUAUGUGUGUUUGACAUAUUUACUAGUAUUUGACAUCCUGCAUGUACAUGUAUAUAACAUCCCUGAGAGACUAAUAUUCUCUUUUAUACAGAAGUAUAUUGAGUUGCUUUGUCCACGCAUGGUGAGUCCUUUUGUAUACUGUAUUUUCUCUUAAUGUUUAGUGUGGUUGAAUAAAGAGUUUGUCUGAAUCACAUCAGAUGCUCUCCUGACUACAAAA